CACUGAUCACGACUAUCUAAUGCCGUUCGACUUGUUAUGCGAAACGUCGGUCGUCGAUCACGCCACGUUUUUUUCCUCUCGACCAUUACGGCGAUUUUCAAUUGAAAACCCGUGUUCGUGAGAUAUUCGACGUGCUUCACACGAAAUCAUGUCUAGAUACAGCCAGAGACCCGAGAACGCUUUAAAGCGCGCCAAUGGUAAGUGAUCCGGUACAAUCAUUUCACUGUAAUGUAUUUUGUUUAGGUACUUGGAUAACUUACUAUAGUCUAAAAUGUUCGUUUUUUGUCCGCAGAAUUUUUGGAAGUCGGCCGUCCCGGCCGUGCCCUGGACACUCUUUACGAGGUGUUCAGGAACAAAAAAUGGGCGUACAACUGGAGCGAGAGCGUACUCGAACCGAUCAUGUUCAAGUAUCUGGAACUGUGUGUCGACCUCAAGAAGUCGCAUAUUGCCAAAGAAGGAUUGUUCCAAUACCGAAAUAUGUUCCAAUCCGUAAGUCUCUUUACCCAUAAUUGUUUGUUAUUUACAUAGUUACUCCUAAUGAUAUUGUGUUUUAUGGUUUUUCAUUGUAUAGGUCAAUGUCGGUUCAUUGGAGAACGUUAUACGUGGAUACUUGAGGAGUGCUGAAGAACGUACCGAAGCAGCAAGAGAACAGUCGCAACAAGCUGUUGUUGAUAUUGAUGAUUUGGACAAUUUAGCUACACCAGAAAGUUUACUUUUAAGGUAAAUAUUUUCAAUUGUAUGUACUUAUUGUCUAUGUUUUACUAACAUGUAUAUUUUUUUAAUAUUAUCCCAGCGCUGUAAGUGGAGAAGAUGCCCAGGACCGUAGUGAUAGGACAAUAUUGACACCAUGGGUUAAGUUUUUGUGGGAAUCGUAUUGCCAAUGUUUGGAGCUCUUAAGGACCAAUGCCCAUGUGGAAACUUUAUAUCAUGACAUAGCAAAAAUGGUAUAAAAUAAUAAUUAAUAAUAAAAAAUGUAUUCAAAUAUAAAUUCCAUAUUUUUUCCUUAGGCUUAUCAAUUUUGUUUGAAAUACAACCGUAAAACGGAGUUCAGAAAAUUAUGUGAUAAACUGCGUAAACAUUUGGAAGAUAUUGCUAAAUUACCCGCACAAACUGUGAACGUUAGCCUUUCAAAUCCGGAAACACAACAAUAUAAUCUUGAAACUCGUUUGUGUCAAUUAGAUUAUGCCAUUCAGAUGGAAUUGUGGCAGGUUUGUAUAAAUAAUAAUUUCUUUUGUAAUUAUCUUUAUCUACCAAUGUAUAUUUUUGUAUCAAAUGUAAAUACUUAAUGUCCAUUAUAGGAAGCAUACAAAGCAACAGAAGAUAUCCAUAAUUUAAUGACAUUGGCCAAGAAGUCUCCAGUUCCUAAGACAAUGGCCAAUUAUUAUCAAAAACUAGCUAUGGUUUUCUGGAAAGCCGGUUAUAAUUUGUUCCAUGCAGCAGCUCUUUUAAAACUUUUUCAACUCAGCAAAGAGAUGAAGAAAAAUAUCACCCCCGAGGAACUUCAAAAGUAAGUUUCUUAUAUUAAUAAAGUAAUGGUAUUAAUAUAUAUGACAGAGGACUUUAGUUUUAAUAAAUUAUAUUAAUACAAUUUAUAGAGCUGAUCCAAUGAUAUCUGCAAUAAAAAAAAAUAAUACCAUUGAAUCUGAGACCUUUUUUUUAUUAAGAGUCCUGAUAAUUUCCUAUUGAUAAAAGUGUUUUCACAGAAAAAUUUUAAACCAUAAAUUAAUAAUGAUGAAAUGAAUUUAACUUAGAGUUUUUACGAAUUAACAAAGUGUUUUCUGAGGAAAAACUACAUCUUACUAAAAAUAAUAGUUUCUUUGCUACACUUGAAAUCCAACAUAUAAAAAUAAAUGUACUAUGAAACAAUGUGUACACAUAUAAUAUAUAAUAUGUAUUCCUUGUACCUGUUACUUUCAAUUUAUUUGUUUCUAUUUUCUAGAAUGGCCUCGCGUGUAUUGUUGGCCACAUUAGCUGUACCAUUACCGUCGGCUCAUCCUGAAUUUGAUCGUUUCAUUGAAACUGAUAAAAGUCCCUAUGAAAAAGCUCAAAAACUUGCUAUUCUUUUAAGUCUUCCUGCACCGCCUACAAGAAUAUCUCUUAUGAAAGAAGUAGUGAGUAAUGGUAUACCAUUUAAUUAUAAAAAGUUUAUUGAUCUGACGUUGAAUAUAUUUAUUUUAUAGAUUCGUCACGUUGUUCCUUUAGCAUCUGAUGAUUUGCGAAAUCUCUACUUGUGGUUAGAAGUAGACUUCCAACCAUUGGAACUCUGCAAACGUGUAGAAUCUGUAACUGAUCCGCUUAUUGGAAGUGGUAGUGAUUUAGAGAGUUAUGUUGGUCCUGUGCGCGAAGUAACGUUAGCAAGACUGAUAAGACAACUUUCUCAAAUCUACGAAACCAUUGAAUAUAAACGGCUCUUAGAAUUGGCAUCUUACUGUCAACCUUUUCAUAUGGAACGUGUUUUGGUUGAUUUGGUUCGCCAUAAUGACAUGCAGGUAUUAAUUCAAUUAAUAUUCUAUUAAUUUACUCUAUAAUUUAUGAAUAAAUAAUAUAUAGUCAAAUAAAAAAAUAUAAAUUAAUUAACUAAUAUUUUUUCAAGAAGUAAUUAUAUGAACUCUUUAAUUUUUAAUUUUAGUUGUAUUAUCCUCCUGUGAGUAAUUAUCAGUAUUAAAUAAUAUAUCAAUAGCUCAAACUAAAGAAGUAUUAUUUCACUGAUAAGUUAUAUGCCAAUAUAUUAUAGGUUUUAUUUAAACCCUUAAAAUCACACUAACACCAGAUUUUAGCUAAUAUUAUUACAGCUAUAUACUUCUAAUAAAAGAAAAUAAUUGUGUACCCUUAACAUUAUAUUUUUUUAAUAUGAACAUUUAGAUUUAUAUCCAAUAAAUAUAUAUAUAUAUAUUAUAUAUUUAUACAAAAAGUUUUGUUAGAUUAAUGUAUUAAUAAAUAAACUCUGAAUUUUAGAUCCGUAUUGAUCAUGGGAAAGGUUGCAUUCAAUUUGGAACAGAUUUGUCAGAAUCGCAGCGCGAAGACAAACCAGAAGGGCCCACUUUACAAACAAUGCCUAGUGAACAAAUUCGUACAUACCUAAUCAAUACAUUCAAAGUAUUGUCCAAAUCUGCUAGUAUCAUAAAUCCAGAAGCCAAUAAGGUAAAUUCAAAUUUCAAUCAAUUAGAUUAAGUUAUUCAAAAUACUCAUAGAAAUUGGUUCUAACCAUAAAAUAUUACAGGUAAACAAUUAUUUGUAAUGUGUACUAUUUUAAACUGAACAAACAUUUUUUUUUAAUGUUAUAAGAAUGAGAAAACUAAUAUUUAUAUAUAUAUAUAUGAAUUAAAUUAUGAAUAAUAAAUAAAAGUCCACAUAUUUAAACUUAAACCUAAUAUCUUGUCAAGGUUAACGUGAAUCAUUAUAGCUGUUGCUGUCACAUUAUUAUAAUGAUCGAACAUAAUAUUUCUGAAAAGCAAUACGUAAUUCUAAAAAAAAAUGAAAAAUUAAUCUGAAUGAUAUUUUAAUGAUAUUCAAAAUAGUUUUGAUAAUAAAAAUUAUUAUUAAACAAAUUAAUAAAGUUUCAUAAAAUAGAAUGUUAAAUAAAUUGAUAAUAAUUAAUUGAUAAAUAAUAAAUUGAUAAUAAUGUUUUAAUAUGGUAAUUCUGAAAUAAAAAAAUUUAAAAAUUUAUUUGUAUUAAAUGAUGAAUAAAUCUUUGCGGAUAUCGGAAUGAUAUUUAAUGAUUAUUCUAAAUUCUGAUGAUAAUUAUAUAAAUAAAAAAAUUGAUUUAAAAUUUAUGUAUGAUGAACAUUUUUUUUUUAUUAAAUGAUGAAUAAAUCUUUGCGGAUAUCGGAAUGAUAUUUAAUGAUUAUUCUAAAUUCUGAUAAUUAUGAUAAAUGAUAAUUAUGAUUUAAUAUGGUAAUUCUGAAAUAACAAAAAAAAAUAAACAUUUAUUUUGAUAAUUAUGAUUUAAUAUGGUAAUUCUGAAAUAAUUAUGAUUUAAUAUGGUAAUUCUGAAAUAAUUAUGAUUUAAUAUGGUAAUUCUGAAAUAACAAAAAAAAAUAAACAUUUAUUUGUAUUAAAUGAUGAAUAAAUCUUUGCGGAUAUCGGAAUGAUAUUUAAUGAUUAUUCUUAAUUAUUCUGAUGUUAAUACAUUUAUUAAUGGCACAUAUAAAAAAAAUAGGUUAUAGAACUUAUACAUAAAAUUAUUAUUGUAUAUCCAUUGCAAUUAUUUUUGUUAAUAAUCCAAUAUUUUGAGUACAAUAUUUUUUCUAGAGUUGUUACUAAAAUUGCUGUUACCUUGUUACCAAUUUAACUUGUAUGAUUUAUAAUCUUUAUUGUCUUUUAUUAUUUAUAGGAGGAUUGUAAACGAAUACAUCAAGUUCUUCUGAGGUACCAUCAUGAAACUAAAGACAAAGUACACCAAAAAAUUUUGGCUCGUCACAAAAUUAUUGAAGAUCGUAAAGAAUUUUUAGAAAGAUUGAACACUGUUAGAGUGAGUACUCAUUUAUAAUUUGCAUUAUAUAUUUAAUCUACUUUAUAUUACAAAAAUUAACAUUUAUGUGGUAGUGUUAUUUAUUAGUAUACUGCUGUUUUUUAGGAAGAAGAAGAAGCUCGGCGUGCUGAAGAAAUUACUAAAGCUGCAUUCUUGGCUGAACAAAAGCGAUUAGAAACUGAACGUGAAGAAAGAGAAAAACGUCGACAAGAAUCUGAGUUACAAGCGAUUAAAGACAGAAAUUUCAAAGAGAAAAUGCAACAAAUUUCUCAGACUGCUCAUGGACAAAAAGUUUUGAAAAAACUUAAUGAAGAUGUUAGUUUAUUUUAAAAAUUAUUAAUAAUAGUAUUUAAUUGUUUAUCAUCUGAUUUGUGCCAGUACUUUUUGUUUUCUAAUUUUAAAACUAUCAAAACUGUGGAUUUAUUAAGGAGAGUAAAGAUGAAUACUGUAUGUCAAUAUCAUAUUUAGACAUUCUUUAUAGUUAUAAUGGAACUAUACAACAUCCAGUCUCUUAAUGUUUUUAUAUCUGACAGAUUUUUUACCCAUAGACAUUUUUAGUUAGCAAUGACUCAUGUAAAUUAUAUUUUAUUAUAAUUUUCAUUAAUUUUGGUACAUAGUGUGCUACUUCCAUCAAAAUCUGAAAUUGUAUAAAUAAUAUUUUAAAUAUAAAUAAUUAUAUUUAUGCGCAAAAUAAAUAGAACCCUAAUGAUAUUAAAAUAUGUAAUGUUUUUACUUGGUAAUUUAGUGAUUUACUAAUAAAUUUUUUUGUAUUAGGCCUUGAAAAACAUGGACGCUGAUGAAAUUGCUGCAAAAGAAGCUGAAGAAUUAGCCAAGGAACGUGCAGAAUUAGUACACAAAUUAAAAAAUCGCAGGAAGCAAAUGGAUUACUUUGAGAGAGCUAAGAGAAUAGAAGAGAUCCCAUUAUUAGAAAAAGCAUGGAAGGAAAAAUUAGUUCAUGAUAAAAAGUUCUGGGAACAUCAAGAAGCUGAACGUAUUCAAUUAGCUAUUCAGGAACGCAAGUUAGCAGAACAAAAUCGAGAAAGAUUAGCUAGAAUGAAACCAGAUAUGGACAUAUUCUUAGCUGGACUGAAAGAACGCCGUACAGCUGAAUACCAGGUAUGAGUCACUUUUGCUUUUAAUAAUAUUGUUCUGUUAUUACUAUUAGUUAUUAUGAUUGUUUAGACUAAAUUGGCAGUAUUCGAAAAAGAGUUAAUAGUGAUUCGUAAGAAUAGAUUGUUAACAAGAAAAGAAGAAAAGAGAAAUGCAUUGAUUAAACAACGGUUAGAAGAAAAGAAACAAAAGGAAGAAGAGGAAAGAUUACGUAAGGAAGAAGAAGAGCGCAAGAAAAAAGAAGAAGAACAAAAGAAAUUGGAUGAAGAAGAACGUUUGGCUAAAUUGUAAGUAUCCGAUGAUCACAAUAUAGCAGAGUUGGCUAUUUUAAAUAAGAUUUUUUAAAAAAAAUAGAUAUACUUAACACUGUGGAUGGGCCUCUGUUGUAGGUGAGAAAUUGAGAAGGUUAUAGAUGGAAAUUUAUACAUUAAAUAUGUAUUUAUUAAUGUGUAUACAACAAUUAAUUAUUGCUAAUGAAAAACAUUCCUUAAUAGAGUUCGAUUAUUCAUGUUUUGAAAGGCCAUAAACUUAUGAUUUUCGUAAAAAUUUGAUAUCCAAAUUUCUAUAGAAAAAUUACGUUAGAUUCAAUUUUUUUUAUUUUGACCACAAAGUAUUAUAAUUGAAAAAAUAACAAUGUUAUUAUCAGAGUACCUACCAUAUAAAAAUAACUUAAAAAGUCACAAAAUUUAAGGUCUGUCCAAAUGUCAAGCCUCUUCUAAUAUUUUUAACUUAAUCACAAUGAAUAAUAAAUUUCAUUCAUUUUCCAGUUUUUCCUAGUUAUAAUGAAAACUGCUUAGAAAAAAAUGAUCUCCCUAAAAUACCAACUACAUAAAAUCCACUUUCAGAUAAGGUACUAUACUUAAUACUCUGGAGAAAGAUUUCUGGUAGAAAAGAUGUUCACAGAAAAAAAAAAUAACAUCUUUGUAAAACUAAACCAUUGUAUAAAUUAUACCUUAUUUAAUAAUUAUAUGUUUAAAAACAAUUAGUUUAUCAACUUUUAAUUAAUUGUUUUAUGAAAAAUUAUUAAAACCCUAUCAAAGAACUUGUUUUAAAACGUAGAAAAUACAAAUUUUUCCUAGCCUAGUACUUAGAAAUAAAACUUAUCCUUAUCGCAGUUAAACUUAAAAAUGUGUUGUAUUUAAUUUUUAAUAAUUUCAUAGUAGUGCCUACUGUAGAAUAAUAAAAACAAAACUGUUUUGUUUUCUCUUAUUUCUGGUAUAUUUGUAAAUAUGUUCUAAUGAAGGGUUAAAGCAAUUAUUAUUUAUUUUUUGUUAUUUAAAGAAUUGUUCUGUUGUUUUUUUACAAAUCAUUUUUUUUUUUGCUGUCAUCAGAGCUCGUCAAGAACAACUUGAGCGACAAGCUGAGAUACAACGCAAGAAAGAAGAAGAAGUGCAAAGAAAACUGGAAGAGAGCAACAAGUUACUUUCUGCAUCGACUCCAACAUCAUCUUCAUGGAGAACUAUGGACAAGACUAAAGAAGAACCUAAACUGUUUAAUCGAGACAAAGAUACGAGAAGAGAUUUUGCACGCAAUCGGGAUGAUGGACCACCGCCAUCUCGAUCCAAUAAUAUAUUCAGUAGAGGCAAUGAUGAUCGUAAAGGAGGUGCAUUUAGUUCACGAGACAAUGAACGUGGUGGUUGGACUCGCGGUAGUGGCAACACAACUGGUGGAGUAUUUGAUAAAGGUUUCAAGGAUGGUCCGAGAGAAGGGGGACGAAGUACUUUUGACAGAGACACACCUAGGAAGCGUGAAAUACCUUCAUCUAAUAAUCAGGUAAUUAAUAUACCUUAUUUAUGUAUUAAUUUGUAAUUAAUAUUGUUUAAUCGUUAUUUAACAGGGUGGUGGUGGUGGAAGCUCGUGGCGUACCAGUCGAGCUCAAGAUACUGAAAACAAACGGAAGGAAACCCCCAAGUGAUUUAAGAAUGGGAAUAUUUGUCUGAUGCAUUAUUAUAUAUAUAUAUAUUUUUUUUUUUUUAAUCUUAUAUAUUUGUAUUUAUCAUUUUCAUAUUAUUCAAAUGUAGUAUUUCUGUACACUGCUAUCAAUGUAUUUUUUUUUUUUUAAUAUUUAAAAAAAAUAUACUUACUAUAUUUAUAUAAAAUUAAAAAUUUUAGUUAAUAAAAGGAAAAAAAAUAGUUAUGUAUGAUAUUCAUGUUAUUAAAACUGCAUAAAUAAAUAUAAAUAUAUUGGAUUUAAUUAUGUGAUAAUACCAAUAUGAUAUUAUGUUAACACCAGUUGUACACACAUUUGGAAUUAAAAUCCAACGAGAUUGGCUAUAUUUCUGUUGUGUUUUGUGAUGUACGUAAAAUAACCACCAUGUUAAGUUAUUUGUACCAACUACCAUUGAUAUUUUAUGGUGAUAUUGUCUGGUAGAAAUUUCAAAUUUGUAUGGUCAAUACUAAAGUGACCACAUGAAUCUGGU